AAGAAGAAAGAAAUUGUAUUGAUUGGCUUACAUUAGUGAAUCCUAAUCAAGGUCGUAUAUCGGCGUAUUUUCUCACUUUUUAACUGGUAGAUGUAGAAUUAAAAGCUAAACGUUCAUAGUGCAUCGAAUAAUUGAACGUUGCUGUAAAAUGACACACUAUCUCGUGUAAGGAAUCAUGGAGAAAUAAAAUAAAAAUAUAUUUAUAUAAUAGAUAGAUAAAAAAUACAAGUGAAACAAAAUCUGCACCAACUAAUCUUUCCCUGGAGCAAGGAUCAAGCCGAUACACGGCUGUGAGUGGAGGAGAGGGAGAGAAGUAUAUUUUACAGUAUCAGCUGUAAGCCAUUAUAUUGGAUAUUGUUACUUUACUCUGGCCAUUGUGUGAAACAAUUCAUUAACAGUCUUAAGAUGUCAACACGGUUUUCUGCACAUUAAACGCAGAAUCCAACAAACAAGAUAAAAGUGAUGAAGAGUCCCGAAGUUUAGUAGAACCGGAACCAAGCAAACGUCAACAGUCGACACAAAUGAAGUUCAUAAUCCUCCACUAUUCUCCGUUCAAAGCCGUUUGGGAUUGGAUAAUCCUGCUGCUAGUUCUGUACACAGCCGUGUUUACUCCCUAUUCAGCGGCCUUCCUUCUAAAUGAAGACGAAAUCCGAAUGAAGCUUAACAGGGAUGCUGCGACGCGCCUGAAAAACGCCGAGACAAGCAAGGCGGAUCCCCUGGUGAUAAUUGACCUCCUUGUUGACAUUAUGUUCAUAGCUGACAUUCUUAUUAACUUUCGAACUACCUUCCUUCAAAAUGGUGAAGUGGCCAGUGAUCCUCAGUUAAUUGCCAAACACUAUGUGAAAGGAUGGUUUCUUAUUGAUGCUAUUGCUGCCAUUCCUUUUGAUUUGCUACUGUUUGGCUCAGGAACAAGUGAUACUAUGACUAUCACCGGUGUUCUUAAAACUGCCCGCCUUCUGCGACUUUUACGCGUACUUCGAAGAAUCGAACAGUUCGCAGAAUAUGGAGCUGCUGUUCUAUUACUCUUGAUGGUAUCUUUCACUCUGAUAGGCCAUUGGUUGGCCUGUAUUUUUUACGCCAUCGCAAACAUGGAACGGCCUCAUUUGAAAGCAAAGGUAGGCUGGUUGGACAACCUGGCCCAAACGUUAAAUGAGCCGUAUCUGCCAAACGACACCACUAGUGGGCCCAGCAUUCGGACCAAAUAUCUCACAGCACUCUAUUUCACCUUCACCAGUCUCACCAGCAUCGGGUUUGGAAACGUUGCACCCAAUACCAAUGCUGAGAAGAUAUUUUCCAUAUUUGCUAUGUUGCUGGGAUCAUUGCUGAGUGCCGCUAUAUUCGGUAAUGUGUCUUCAAUAAUGUUACGGCUCUAUCAAGGAACAGAAGAAUAUAAUGAAAAAACAGAAAGUAUCAAAGAAUUUAUCAACUUUCACCAUUUACCAAAAUCCUUGGCGAAUAGACUGCAAGAAUCAUUCCAACAUACCUGGUCAUAUACAAAUGGUAUAGAUAUGAUGAGUGUUUUAAAAGGCUUCCCUGAAUGUUUACAAGCGGAUAUUUGCCUGCACUUGAACAGAAAUCUUCUCAAUAAUGCAGCGGCCUUUAAAAACGCCAGCGAAGGUUGCCUACGUGUUUUAUCUAUGAAAUUCAGGUCGACGCAUGCCCCUCCGGGGGACACAUUAAUACACCCAGGUGAUAUACUACACUCCAUAUAUUUUAUUGCGUCGGGAUCUAUAGAAAUAUCUAAAGAUGAUAUAGUCAUGGCAAUUUUAGGUAAACACGAUAUAUUUGGUGGCGACAUUAGAGAUAAAGGACCAGAAGGAAAAGCAUUAUAUACAGUUCGCCCACUUUCUUAUUGUGAUAUCAAUAAAAUCGAUAUUGCAGAACUAAAAGAAAUCCUUAGAACUUAUCCAGAAUUUGCAGGAGAUUUCUUAUUAAAAUUUCAGUUAACUUUCGAUUUAGAGAAGGGAACUUUGGCCCAAAUUAAAACAAAAGGAAAAGUCGAAGAUGAAACGUUACGCUUCAUAAGACAAAAGCGACCUAGACUACAAUGUAAACGUAGAAAUGAAAUUAACGAUGGGAAUUCUCGGAGGAAGAGUCUUUUAUCUGUCGAGUCGUGUUACGCCAAACAACCAAACCAAGUACCAUCGAUUUACUUCAGAGGACGCACUGCAAGCCGUCAACGCCUAGGUUCAAAACGUAACUCAAUCGCCGAUCGACGACGACCAAGUGACGUUUCAUGUCUAUCUGGUAGUGAUGACGAUGACGGAGUUGGGAUUGUGGAGCUUUCCGCCGAGAAGGCUAGCCGGGAUAUGAUCGAUGCAUCUAGUGAACUGGACACAAAAAAACGUGAAUCUAUUAGUUCCAUUGCAGGCGCAGUGGCAGGCAUUGUAUCGUCCGUAAAAGGACGAGACCACAAAGCACAACCUAUAAAACAACAAGCAAAACCACACCAUCACCAACAACUACCAUAUCACCAUCACCAUCAACAACUUCUACAACAAGUACAUCAACAGCAGACUCCCUCCAGUAGCAGUCACGAACAGGUGUGUUCUGGGAGUGGAGGUCAGCAGUCUGUUGACAAGACGUCCAAAACGAUGGACACCAGCAGAAUGUCCCAGUUGGGACAGGGCCGCCAGCCUGUAAAGUCUGAACAUUUAUUGGAUUCUCCACAUGUCCCUCACCCUCCAGGUCCAUCCCCUCUGGAUUCCAGCGGAACCUCCUACACACCCAAGUCAUCGUCAAGUGCCGGGCCAAUGAACAAGUUUGUCGGCUUAGACUUCGAGAUCCAUCAUUAUCCAGAAAAAGGCAACAUUCAAUCUCUAAACGAUAUCGAUGUACGACUUGAAAACAUAAAUCAGCGAAUGCAUAAUUUUGAAAAUGAAUUAUGCAAUACAGUGGAUGCCAUUCUUGAAAUUCUUGGACACAAGCCAACAGUGGGGCGUGAAUGUGAAAUGGUACACAGUGGCCCCCGAAUGGAAAAACCGGCGCGACAGAAAGGUGUCAGGACUAUUCGGUCUCCCAGUGAAGGAGAAUUACACACAUUCCAUAAACAAUAAUCAAAACUUAUCUAAAAUUGAUUUUCGUUUCAUAAUAUACUUAUUACUUUAAUAUUGCUUAUGGUGUAUAUUUAUAACAGCUGUAUCGCUAAAAUAUUUGUUUUUUAUAAUAUAAUAAUUUAUAAUGAUGAUAAUACUAAACGUAUUGAUAAUAAUUCCGAAAAAUAAAUAAAAAAAUCAAAGAAAAACAAAUAUAAACAGAGUGGAGAAUAUGAGAAAAAUAGAAAAAAGUGUGAAUACAAAGAACAAGCUGAAGAUAUUGGAACCAAAAGAGUUUAGGAAUUAGAAGAAUGUUGUUGCUGUUGUUAUUGUUACAGAUUUUAUGAAUUUUAAAGAUAUUUACCCUGUAAUUUUCUUUCAGACGAGAUCUACUGUUCUUUGUUAAGUUACUGUUUGAGCUAUUGAUUACGUCCCUUAGUGAAACUGAGCUCUCCAUGCUUAUAGUUUCACUUUUCUGUAUGAAAUCAUUUACAUCAUCAUCAUUGUUGUUGUUGUUAUUGUUGCUGUUUUUGUUGUUGUUAUUUUUCUUAAGAGCAGAAGGAAAACGGUGAGUUGGCCGAAAUGAUACGACAUCGAACAAAAUGCCUUAGAGUAUUUGAUUUCGUCCUUCUGUGUUUGAGUUCAAAUCUCGCAGGUGUCGAAUUUGCCUUUCAUCCCUCCAAGAUUGAUAAAAGAAGUACCAGUAAUACUCUGGGAGGAUUCGAUUGACUGCGUCACUCAACUCUGACGUUUGGCCUUGUGCAUACUCAAAAAGAAGCAAUUGUUAUACAAGGAAAUAUAUACACACAUAGAUAUAUAUGUGUGUAUAUGUGAAUGUGUGUGUGUACAGAUGUAAGCAUAAUAUGUGUGAGUGUAAUUAUUUACAGAUAUGUGUGUGUGCGUGUGCCACUGCGAUAUCGCACAUUCGUAUGCACAUCUUUAUAAAGUGAAUUUACAUAUUUUCCAGCAUUCACCCACCUUGGUUUUCCUUGAUAUACCGUUAGCACUUAAAAGUAGGCUUCUUUUUUUCUUUUUUUUUUUUUU